GUCAAUGGAAUCAUGCAUGUGCUACACAUAAUUCCCACAUUCAAAACUUGCACGACUCCACUUCUUCUUUCUCCUCCUCUCCGUACACAAGUUAAAGAUGGCGCCAUGGACGUUGACGCAGUGGUGCGCCUGCAUCAACAUUCCACGGCGCAAACCAGUGCCUUUAUCAAUCGUACCCAUAUGUUUAGCCUGUAUCUCUUGUUUUCUUAUUCUUCUUUAUGUAUCUUUUACUUUUGAUAACUUAUUUCACCUUCCUAAUAAAUCUAUUUCCUUUUCUUCUCCAUUAAUACCAAAACCCGAGUUUCAGGCUCGUGAUCGUGUUGAAAUUCUACCUAUUACUAAUGAUCAUAACAAUGGUAAUGAUGUGAUUUCUUUGUUGUCUAAGGAUGCUUUUGAAGAUCAAAAUGGACCUCCACUUCUUCCUUCUCAUCCUAUUCUCCAUAACAAAACACUUAAACCAAUACCUAAUGGAUCGUUUCAACGUAAACGAUACAAAAUUAAUGAAGAAGUUUACCAUGACACAAAAAUCUUCCUAGCAAGCUACAAGGAGAUGAAAUCAAGCCUUAAAAUCUACAUAUACCCACAUGACAAAAAAGACCCAUUUGCUCAUGCCCUUCUUCCUACAUAUGGUUAUGAACCAAGUGGUAACUAUGCAAGUGAAUCCUACUUCAAAAAUGUUCUUUACAAGAGCCAUUUCAUCACCAACGACCCUUCCAAAGCCGACUUCUUUUACUUGCCUUUCUCGAUUGCGAGCUUACGACACGAUACUAGAAUCGGAGUUCAUGGGCUACCCGAUUUCGUACUAAAUUAUAUGAACAAUGUUACGCAAAAUUACCCUUAUUGGAACCGAUCUGGUGGUGCGGAUCAUUUUUAUGCUGCUUGCCAUUCCGUUAGUAAGAUGGCUACGGAUAAGGUUAAUCAUCUAAAGAGUAAUGCUAUUCAGGUCGUUUGCUCGUCUAGUUACUUUCUUACCAACUAUUAUGCUCACAAGGAUGUUUGUUUGCCUCAAAUUUGGCCUAGGCAUGAAGAACCUAAGAGCAUUUUCUCCAUAUCUCAAAGGAAAAAACUGGCCUUCUUUGCAGGAUCAGGAAUUUCGCCACUCCGGAAAACACUAGUCGAAACAUGGCGAAACGACAGUGACAUAGCAGCACACGGAGGAAGGUUAAAAACACCUUACUCCGAGCACCUACUAGGAAGCAAAUACUGCCUGCACGUAAAAGGGUUCGAGGUAAACACAGCUCGAAUAGGAGAUGCAAUGUACUAUGGCUGUGUUCCUGUUAUUCUAGCAGACUAUUAUGACCUUCCAUUCAUGGAUAUCUUGAAUUGGAAGAGCUUCUCUGUGGUGAUAACUGCCAAUGACAUUCCUAACUUGAAGAAAAUCUUACAGAGUAUAAGCCCUAAGAAAUAUGCUGCUUUGCAAGCUAAUGUUUUGAAGGUGAGGAAGCAUUUUAAGUGGAAUAAUUCUCCAACUGAUUUUGAUGCAUUUUAUACUGUCAUGUAUGAACUUUGGCUUAGAAGAAGCUCCAUCAAGGUCAUGUCUUUCAAGAGUUCUUGACCUUCACAAUUAUAGUGUACACACGACAACAGUGCUAAAGACUUAAUCCCAAAAAAUUACGGUCGACUAUAUCGUUAUGAGAUGUGAUUAGAUUUUACCGAGCUAGUUGUCAAAAACCUACUAGCACUCACGGAGGGAGGUUUUGGAAUUAUAAUGUAUAUUUCAUUAUUUUGCUUCAUAAGGAUACUUCCGUUUUUAGAUAUGAAGGCAUGUUUGUCUUACCAAUUACCAUAUUCAUUGAUUGAGCAUAUUUCUAUAUAUUCCCUCUAUUUCAUUUA